AUGGCUCGCAUACGCUCCAAGAUACUCUAUGUAGAAAAGCAUGUGUCCAUAUAUACGAUUCCUGCGGAAGAAUUGCAAGCGAACGAGCUGGGAGAUCUAGGUCUCGAUCUUGACAGAGUAAGCCAAGGAGAACGAGAUCGCGACUUUGGGGCUUCUUCUUCUGCACCAGUACAGAUUUGGUAUGGAUCUUUGAAGGUUGUACAGGAGGAAUUGGAUGAAGAUGAUGAAGAAUAUAGAGAUGUAGAUGUAGACAGUAUAAAUAAAGACGAAACCGUAGCUGGCACGAAUCCAAGAAAGCCCUUCCACACAAUUAAAUUGAAAUUGGUGUUCUUUAACAAAAUCGCAGAUGAGUUUGUUCCCUGGGCUGAAGUUUGGUACAACCCAUUGGACAAGCCUUUGGAUUAUUUCUCCAUUGCAAAGAACGGUGAGGAGACAAUCCUGUUGAUCCUGGACACCUGCCAAAAAUUUAAAGUCAUAGCUCAAUUCCCUGGCACGGGCUACCACCCCAUCGAGGGUUCCCCUGAGGGGAGUGAGAAGGAUGAAAUAACUCAAGUUGCAUUGGAAUUGAGAUUUUCCGAGGUUGAUCAAGGCUUGUCAUUUCUUGAAGCCUUGGAUAAGUACCACGUAAAUUACUCCAGCGUGGUGGACUCGUAUCUCUAUGAGCUGCAAUUGGCAGGAAAGACUGCAAGUUUAACCUUGGAUAGCAGUGAUCUAGAAGAGGAGCAAGAGGAAGACGACUUUGGGGACUUCGUAGCAGCAUAG